GACUACAGAAAGUACAUCUUUGGGAGGGGAAUCGGAACAUCCGUAGCAGCAUAGCAGACGAUACGAUUAAUCGUGACGAGUUGAGGGAGAGGAGGCGAAUCUCUAACUAAUUGUUCGUCGCCGAGGAUCUUCUCCGAGAAUCGGAGAAACCUUCCUCGGCGAGUUCGUCUACCAUCGAUUAUUCGUGAUUGAACUGCGAGAAAGAGAAUCCGAUUCGUCGCAAGACAAAGCGAGGUGUCAGUCGAUCCGCACUCCGCAGUACUUCGGCAUUGCGCAUUCGUUUAGAAUCAUCACGCACGUUGACAUUUUGAUUUGAUUCUCCGCUAUCGAGCUCCGCCGCAGUCUUCGGGAAUUCGGACAAAGCGAACAACGCUAGGAGCAUGGUGGUCCAGCCGCGAUUUUGCCCUUUCGCCCGCUAUUUAUAGAGCUGGCAGGUUAUUUCUAAAAUCAAUCGCACAGGGAUGUCGUGGCAUGCGGAGUGAUGGAUCAUUGAAUGGAGAUGCAAGGUUGGAGAGCAACAUGAAUCUAUAUCGCACAAUUAUCUGACUGGGAUCUACUCUUCGUUAUCGUGUCUUCGUAGCUUCACGCACAAAUGUCAGGAUGUUAAGCAGUGCUGUCAAUAUGGAACUGAAUAAUGUUGUGAGCAACAAAAGUUCCGUAUACCUUGCACUGUCGUUUCGUAGGCUGUGCCUGGCGACAGUUGGCUUACCACUUGUGUCGCUGUUGUUCUGCUUCAUCACAGCAUAUAUAUUUCAACAGGACGAUAUUCACGAAACUCAUUGUAGGGUCUAUAAUAUUCUUCCAUCGAUCUCAGCCAUUACUGGAGUAUCUCCGCAAAGAUAUUUAUGGCGUAUCAGUAUAGCAUUACAUAUUGGUCCUAGGCUGGUUAUCGCCAGUGUUUAUCAUUCAUAUUAUUACAAGAUACUUAAGAACAUUGAAGAUGUGCCUCUACAAAUUACAGGGAGCAGGCUCCUAAACCUAUGCUACUGGCUAAACAUUGCCGAGAUAGCAGCUUUGUCUGGUGUAACAUAUAUUUCUAACAGAGAAAAUUAUUCGGUGCACGAAAAAAUUUUCAUAGUGUUCAUGAUUAGCUCGCUCACAUACAUGUUGACUGCUGUGAGGUUGGGUCGUUUAAUAACUCCAAAUGCACAAAGUCUUCAGUACAAACAAGUGCUUUUUAUGACGAGUCUCGUCAGUACAAUCUUUCUUAUUAUUUUCUUCUUAAAACAUCGACUGCUGUGUCAUGAUUUGGCAUUUAGUUGGUUUUCGCUAUGUGAGUACGUGAUAGCUUUUGCAAAUAUGGGCUUUCACAUCACUGUGGUUUCGGACUUUCCAGAAGAACAACUGAUCGUAGGUCACGGUUUACCUGCCGUAAAAAUAGAUUAA